AUGUCCAAAAACGGCGAAGAGUACAAGGUUGUCUCCUCAAAGGGGAUGAUGGCUGUCCCUGGUCAUGAUCACGGCGCCAUUGGUCAUGCACUUGAUUGUGGUGCGAGUCUCGUAAUCCCACAAGUCGAAAACGUCGAGCAGGCAAAACACGUCAUUUCGGCUGCAAAGUUUGGAACGAACCAGAACGGGACUCGGUCCUUGCCUCCCUUCCGUCUUGUUCCUGGGUUCACUGAUGCCCCGUAUGACACUUCGCGCGACCUGCACAAGUGCCUCAACGACCAGGCUGCCAUCAUGAUCCAAAUUGAAUCAGCUGAGGGGGUUCGCAAUCUCGACGCGAUUCUCACAGAAUGUCCCGAUAUUGAUAUCGUAUGGUUUGGGACACUUGAUGCGCGGGUCAGCAUGAAUCUUGAAGCCAAGUGGGGUGGCAUCGGUGCCACAGAGCCCGAAUGGCUGGAGAUAUCCCAACUGUUCUUCAACACGAUUGACAAGCAUGACAAACCGUACGCCGGCUUUGCGUUUGGAUCUGCUCCUCUCGGCAGCUCCGAAAAGCUGAAGGCGGCUGGGGAGCGUAUGAGCCUCAUCAUGGUUGCUGCCGACGUGGUCCAUCUAGGUGGUCUUGCACAAGAUCUCCAGCAGGCAAGGAUCCUGGUUGGAUAUGAAGGCAAGAUGGGAGAAAGCAAGAAUGUCAAUGGAUGGAGGGACAGUAAACUUUAG